AUGAAGGCUUGCGUAGUCGGCGAAGAACUGAUUGGUCAAGUUGUCUUGGCCCUUGCCUGUGAUGUUGAACGACUCGGUAAAGUUGAGGUUGGCAUGAAGGAACUUGGCCAGCGCCGUUGCAAAAUCGUUGAGAAGCCUGCCUGCCUUGGUGCUGGAGUCUGGCGCGGGAUCCCGAACAAGGAAGCCAGCGGUAUCCAAGGGCUCGGAAAGGGGCAUGACGUUGUCCAAGCUGACAAGACCAUGCGAGGCUCUAUUUCCAAAGACGCCAUUGACGCCAGCAGGGCUUCGUAUGCUGCCGCCCGUGUCUGUGCCCACGGCGGCGUCAAGCCAGUCGUACGAUGCCACAGACGCACCGGCGCCGGAGCUCGACGAGGAGGGAUCCUGGUAGCCGUCGCCGCGGGGGUUGAAGGGUGA